UUCCCACUCUUCCAUUGUUUUGCCGCCGACUCUUCAGGUGCUGUGGUUCGUCGGCCACAAAGGCAUGGAGGUGGAGAAAGUGGAAGCGAAGACAGCAGUUGCGACGGCUAUGGAGGUAGAGAAAGCGGCCUCCUCCGCGGCAGCGCCUCGCCCCCAAUUCAAGCCGUUGAAGCCGCAUGAGAUGUCGGACAGGAAAAUUGAGUUCCGGAAGGUAUCGGUGCCGCAGCACCGCUUUGCGCCGCUCAAACGAUGCUGGAUGGAGAUCUACACCCCUGUCUAUGAGCAGAUGAAGAUAGAUAUAAGGAUGAACCUCAAGACAAAGAAGGUGGAGCUUAAAAAUAGAGCAGAUACUCCAGACAUCUCUAAUUUGCAGAAGAGUGCAGACUUCGUUCAUGCUUUCAUGCUUGGAUUUGAUGUUGCAGACGCUGUUGCUCUGUUGCGUCUGGACGAUCUUUAUGUUGAUACUUUUGAGAUCAAGGACGUGAAGACCCUACGAGGGGAGCACCUUUCUCGAGCUAUCGGUCGGUUGUCAGGAAAGGGAGGCAAGACAAAAUUUGCUAUUGAAAAUUCUACAAGAACUCGAAUUGUGAUCGCAGACAGUAAGAUUCACAUCCUGGGAUCUUUCUUGAACAUCAAGAUUGCUCGAGAUUCUCUUUGCAGUCUUAUAUUAGGAUCACCAGCAGGAAAGGUAUACUCUAAACUUAGAACAGUUAGUGCUCGAUUAGCCGAAAAGUAUUAAAGAGUGCUGAGUGCUUUACUUUAGGUAUUUUGGAAAUGAGAGUUAUUUUGUUUUGAUUGUGUGACUAAUGAUGUAAUGUCGAGAUUUUACAGUCCGUUUCCUUGGAUAACUAAAGUUAAAUUGGUGAGUGUUAAGAUCA